GAUAAGGUAAACUAGCCAAACAUUAGAAAUUAGAUAUAGAAAUAUAGAAUAAGAAAGAAACGGCCAUGGAAACUGCAAAGAAAUUGGAGAUAUUUGAAAUAGGACCAUGUCAAGAUUCAUACCAAAUGGGCUACUCAAUUGGCAACCAUUUCUCCAAUCUCAUAAAAAGCAGACUCUCCACAGACUCCAUUUUCAACAACCAACUUCUUCCUUUUGCUCAAUCACCACAAGCACAGUCUCUUAUCAAUUCUCUGUCACAUAACAACAGCACCAAAUUCCCGGAUCACUGGAACGAAAUGCGUGGAAUCAGUCAUGGGUCCGAUGUCCCCUUUCUACAUAUAAUGAUAUUGAACUUCCGUAAAGAGAUACUCCCCUUCAUCCCAAAGAAGGAAAUAGUUGAAGAUGAAGAAACGAUAGAUGAUUGUUCGGAUAUACUUGUUGUUAGUGAUACAAUAGCAGUUGCAGCUCAUAAUGAGGAUGCAAAUGUUGCUCUUGUUGGUCAUACAUAUUUGAUUAAAGCAACUUUAUCCGAUGGACUAUCUUACACAGCUUACACCUAUGCUGGUGAGCUCCCAAGCUGUGCAUUUGGUUUCAAUAACCAUGGUCUGGCAUUUACACUCAACUCGGUACCACCAGCGGUUUCAGAGAUUGUGGCAGGUGGCAUAGGGCGAAACUUCAUUUCUAGAGACCUUCUUGAAGCAACCAGCAUUGGGGAUGCAGUUACUAGAAUUCGUUCAUCACAAGUUUCAGUUGGUCACUGCUAUAAUCUAAUUGAUGUAAACUUACGCAAGAUCUUAAAUGUUGAGACUGCAUCAAGUCAACGGCUUUCACUUCAUGAUAUCGGGUCAACCCCUUUCUUUCAUGCCAAUAUGUACCUUCAUCUUGAAGUUGACCAGGUACAUGAUCUGAACUCGAUAAGCAGACAAAACCGAGCAGCUUUGCUGCCAAAAAGGUCAAAGGCUGAUUUUCUUUCUCUCCUUGGAGACAUGGAUGAUCAAGAAUAUCCUAUUUAUAUGAAAGGUCCAACCCUUUACACACUAUGUACGGCUGUUAUUGAUUUGGAUGAAAGAACACUAGCCAUAACCGAAGCUAAUCCAGGAAAAGGCGAAGUUUCUUAUGUUUUCAAGAUGACUUGAUAAUCAACAUUCAAAAUGUACGAUCUAUUUAAUGAUUUUGACAAACUUUGAAAGGAAUUAAGCAUUAUACUGACAUUCAAAA